CGUCCAAGACAAGAUUUAAUUAAAUCUGCAGGUCAUUGUUCCAAAUCAGCACUUGAUAAGCGUGCAAAAGAUGUUGCAGCAAUGAUUAAAGAAACAUUUAUUCAAAAUUCUGUGUUUAAAUAUCAUAAAAAAGACUCUAUUUUAUUAAAGUCGUUUGAAUAUACUGUUAACGGCCAGAAUUAUUAUCUUAGCUUUGGAACAGAUAAUGCACAAAAAGAGUAUGAUAUUUUAAAUAUAGUUAAAAUAAUGGAUUCGAAUUAUAUUUCUCAUGAUGCUUAUCGAAGUUUAGCUGCAAUAGAUUAUCACUUACCACGUGAACACCUUGUUGUAAUUGAACGAAAUAAUUUAACCCAAAGAAUGACUAAAGACAUUCCAAUUAAACUUGUUGAUAUAAACACGAAACUAGAUAGCUUGGAAAUUGUUGAAGAUGAUGUUGAAGAUGUUGAAGAAGAUGUUGAAGAAGGGUCUGAUAAUAUAGAUUAUAAUAAAGUUCUAAACUCAGUGGGUGUUGGUGGAUAUCGUGAUUGUCAGAAAGUUAAACAUGUUAUGACCUUCAUGAUUCUUAAUGAUCAAGAGCACCAUCAUAUACCUAGUUAUCACCAUACUAUCGCGUUAUAUCCAGGAAUUGAGAAAUAUAAGUCGCUUGAGGUCAUAUUAAAUCCAUUUCUCAAUAAUCUUAGAGAUCUUAAGGUUAACGGAAUUAGUUGA